AUGGCUUGGUUCACGACUUUGCCUCGGGGAUCCAUAGCAAAAUUCCGUGAUUUCUCGUCCAAGUUCCUCAUCCAAUUCUCCACGAGCAAGAUCAAGAAGCUUACAAUUGACGAUCUGUACAAUGUCCGUCAGUUGGAGCGAGAAACCUUGAAGCAAUAUGUGAAGCGAUACAGUGCUGCAUCUGUGAAGAUCGAGGAGUCGGAGCCACAGGCCUGCACCCGCACCUUCAAAAAUGGACUAUUGUCGGGAAAGCUGAACAACAAGUUGAGUAGGAAGCCAGCCCGCUCGAUGACAGAAGUUCGCACUCGGGCGAGCACCUACAUCCUGGAUGAGGACGACGACGCGUUUAAGAGAAAGCGGGCGAAGGCAGAAAAGGUCGACGGGCAAAGGGACGUGAGAUCGACGAGGAAACAAGGAUGGAAAAAGGAAAAGAGUCGUACGCAGAAGGAUAAGAAGGUCGCCCGAACGGAGGAAUUUGCCGAGGCGCAACUUUAUUCGAAAAAAAGAAAAACUCGAGCGUCACCGCACAUGGCAACCCACCGGCGUGAAGGGGCAGAGAGGGAUCCGAAUGCGGAAUUGACGAAGCUGUUCUGGGAGGUCAAGGCGACACAUGCGGUUGAAGGAAGUAGAGCAGGAAUUAGUUCACGGCGGGGGGCGGUAGGUAGAGCUAAAUGGUGCGAGUAUCACCGCUCAGCGGGACACGACACUAGUGACUGUUUCACGCUGAAAGGCGAGGUCGGGAAACUUAUCAGGGCAGGACGAUCGCAAAUGACUGACCACAGGCCAGGCAAAGGCCAACAUGGCGGGCCCAGGCAGGACAGACACCAACGUACGCCAACGACGGAUAAGAAGGAAACCUUGACAACAAGGAGGAAGAGAGCUGAAGAAACCUUCAACAAAGACCUCGAACCACUGGUGGGGACGAUAAAUACAAUCGCCGGGGGUUAUGGUGGAGGUGAUGACACACCUUCGGCGAGGUGCAGGCAUGCAAGGGCGGUAACAUCAAUGCAAGAGUAUGUGACCCCAUUCGGUUUUCGGCAUCCGGACAUAGUGAUAUCGUCAGCGGACUUCGAGGGAAUCAAGACACAUAAGGAUGAUCCUGUGGUAGUAAUGGUAAGGAUCAAUAGCUUUAAUGUGCGAAGAGUACUUUUGGACUAG